CUGCGGAUGUUCACUUGUCGACUGUCAAGCCAGCAGUGGUGACCUUAUUUGCACAUCUGCUGCUGCACUUCAGUACUGCUGCCCCCUGUGGUGAUAACUUUCUUGGGAAUUCACUCCAAGUAUCGGACCUGAUGGGCGGAUAAACUGCAUAAAUUUGCUUUUAAAUUUCCGAACCGUGCAGCUGGAUUAAAGUCAGCGUUUGAUGGUCAAAAUGAAUAAUUCCAUUAAAUGAUUAACUCCCCCGGACCGAAGGAUUUCAAGUGAUAGUGUACUGUCUCCUCUAGUAAAUGAAAAUGAAUCGGGGAGUGAAUGUGCUUGCGGCUUUACUGGCUCUCCUGAUGCUGGCACUUGUUGUGCCCACGAGCAAGUCCUGCCCCAGGACCUGUAAUUGCUACCAGGCCAAUGAAGUCCACUGCACCUUCCGCUCACUGCUCGCUAUACCUCCCGGUCUGCCUGCACACACAAGACGCAUAAACUUAGGGUUUAACAGCAUCAGGAACCUCCAUGACAGGUCUUUGGCUGGGUUAAGGAGGGUGGAGCUUCUGAUGCUUCACAGCAAUGACCUCCAUCAUCUUCCAGAUGCAGCGUUCAGAGACAUGAAAUCGCUACAGAUACUAAAGUUAAGCUAUAACAAACUGAGAGAGAUCUCUUCAUCGCUGACCUUCUCUGGCCUGACCUCACUGCUCCGCCUGUAUUUGGAUCACAACCUCCUCCAGCACAUCCACCCCCGGGCCCUGCUCCAGCUGCCUAGCCUCCGGCUGCUUCGUCUACAAGGAAACAGGCUGCAUCAGUUGCACCCUCACACUCUAUGCACAUUGUCCCUACUGAAUACAUAUUACUUUUCCACACUCAGACACCUGGACCUCUCCAACAACAGUCUAACCACCCUGCCCAAAGACGCUUUAGCAACAGCACCUCUGCUGGAAACUCUUAUGCUGCAGGCUAAUCCGUGGAGCUGUGACUGCAGGAUGAACUGGUUUCUUUCUUGGACUCUGGCUCACCCAGGCUUGAUGAAAUGUCCUGGUGGCCCACAGUGUCCAUUAUGUACAUCCCCCAAUUCACUUCAAGGGCAGGGCUUGCUUGAACAGACUGCUUUAACGUGCAAUUCACCAGUGAUCCCGUCUCCAGGAAAAGAGGCACCUUUAGGGACAGAACCCAGUGAAAUUAAAUCAAGUGAGACCUUCAGAGAGCCCUUAGGCAGUGCCUCACUGGGUUUGUCUGACCAGCAAGGGUACAGUGUUGAUCUGAGUUGCAACAUCACUCAAUCAUUCGACUCCCAAGAUAUUGCUCCUCCUCCAGAUCUCUCCGUGUCCUCAUCUUCUCCUCUUCCUCUCGCUCUCUCGCUCUCUCUGGAGUGCCCCGUGGAGAGACAGAGCUAUGAGAAACUUUGGAGGAUUCUGGCUUACUACAGCGAGACUGCAGUUCGCCUCGAGAGGGAGAUCAUGCUGAGUAAAUCCCCAGCGUUGGCCUACCGCUAUAGGCAGGCAGCAGAGACAGAUGGAUAUUAUCACACUGGAGUCAAAGCUUCUGUUAAAGCCAGGCCUCAGUGGUUAAUGCAGCCAGCUAUUAGCAUUCAGCUAAACAGAGCGCAGUCUAAUGGACAUAAGGUUCAGCUUAUAUACUCAACAAGAGUUUCUGCUCAUCUUGACCCUACCUCUCAACUCUCAUCAUCCUCUGCUGCUUCUCACCCUUGGGUGCUGAUUUCAACUAAUCAUACUACCACAGCACUGGCAGCAGUAGCAGGCAGUAAAGUACAGCUACCCUGCCCAAUUCUCACUUCUGGCAACCCCAAAGCACAGUGGAUUCUCCCAGAUGGAUCUGAACUCCUCUCCCCCUCCAGCACCCUAGAUGGCAGGCUCCGGGCUUCAGGCUUUGUUUUACUGCUACAAAAUGUACAACUGUCAGAUGCUGGGAUUUACUACUGCGUUGCCAGGGCUGGGAGGGACGUAGAUGUUCUUCCUCUGCAUCUGGCAGUGGAGGAGUCCUCUGUUCCGCAUUUAGGAGAGCAAGUGGGGCCUCCUGUCACAGGGACAGUUGGAGAACCUGUCAGUUUGCCUUGCAGGAUGUCUGGUUCACCAGAGCCUUAUUUAAGCUGGAUUUUGCCAAAUGGAAAUGUGGUACGCCGAGGAACUGCUGUGCCAGGUGGACUCACCAUAGAAACAAAUGGGAGUCUCUAUCUGCCUAACCCCUCCCUGAGGGAUGGUGGUCAUUACCGCUGCACUGCAGUCAACCACUAUGGUAGAGAUGCUCUGUCAGUGCAGCUGAUAUUAAAUUCACAGCAUAUCCCUGCACUUAGGACUUCGUUUCCCAGAGGACCACAGUCUGCUGCUGGCCGGUCAACCAGGAUAAGAGCUCCUUUAUUACGUGACAUGAAUGAAGGAUCAGGGGACGGAGAGGAAGUGGAAGAGGCGACUGUUGGAAAUAGAAAACGCCCAGUGUCGUUUCAGGGACCCCCAAACAGACGCUAUCCGAUUGGAAACCCACGAAGACGUGGGCCUGUAAGAGAAGGCUCCCGGAGACGAGGCGGUGCAGCUUUUUCAUCCACAGACCAGAGAAGAAACCUCUUUGAGAACAAACGUCGAGUUAGCACGAGCAAAAAAAAGAUAGAUCCGCAGAAAUGGGCUGACCUUUUGGCUAAGAUACGUCAAAGGACUGCUCUCGCUAAUCGUGGCCAACUUAUCACAACAGAAAAGCCCACAGCUGCACCGGUCCAAGAAGCUGAAGACAGAGUCACGAUAGAACACGAGGAAGAUGAUGAUACAGAUAGAGGUAGAGGUCAGGGAGCAGGAGUGGAAGCAGAAACUGAAGGGUCGUCUGUUGAUGAUAUAGUUCUUCAGGAGGAAGAGUUACAGCCCAUUCAACCUGUUAACACAGGAAGCCCGACAAAAACAGAGAUAAAAACAGAGACUGAAACAGACUCUGAGACAGAAGAAGGUACAGAGAGGUCAACAGAAAAACAGAUAGAGAAUGAGACAGACACACUCAGGCAGGCAGAGAUACCGGGUUCACAAACACAGACAGCAGCAAACGCAGUGACACGGAAAGAACCGGUCACAUCUUAUCCAGUGUCAGGAACAAAUGAAAUUGUCCCAGAACCAGUUGAAGGAGAUGAGCGAGAAGUGAACCCCAAUCCAUCAAGAACGAGACCACAGAAUCCCCGACAGCGGUUCUUCCCUAAUUUGGUGCCAAACUCCCGCCCCCAAAGACCUUGGAACUCACACAGGAAGAUUGGACAGCGGAGACGAAUCAUCAACAGGCCCAGGGUGCAACUUUUGACCCCAAACCAACGUCCCCUGGAACCCACAAACCCAAUAACCCCUGCUGUGACACCUGACACCACUACAAAUCAAAUCAAUAUGUUGUCGCUGGUCUCAACAGCCACAUCUGCGGGAAUUUUGUCGACACAGAGAGACCAUAUUAAGACUGCUCCAAACGAUGUUGCUCUGAAUCUUUUUGACUCUGCUUCAUCAUCUUCCUCCCCCUCACAGACUCCCUCCCCCUCGUAUACAAACAGAUACACACCUACAGCUAUAAUGACUCACUCAGGCAAGAGACCAGACAGGGAAGAGAUACCAGACAGUGAAGAGUCCACUCUUUUCAGCACACCAGCACCCACUCAUUCUAAUUUUGUCAUUUCAGAAACACAUGUGCCAGGCACACAUACCUUAGCACACAGUAUACACAAACACACAGAAACACAAACAGCCUUAGGCAAGCAUAUUGACACACCCCCAAACAAACACAGUGAAAAGCUGGGGAAGAAUUUUGUGAGCAUACUAUAUCAGUCUUCCUCUCCAGCAACUCACUCCUCCCUUGUUUCAGUUUCCAGUGCAGCUACUGCAAAAACCAUAACAAAUCCUACAACUGCCCCUAAAAAGGUUUAUUCUAAUGCAAAUGCCAGCAGCUCUAAAAGUACAUCUUCUGCUAUGACUAAUGAGUACAAGCUUCCCACAACAACUGCAAUUAAUCCUAGGACUACAAGUUCCACCAUAUUUGCUAGGACUAUUAUUCCAACAUCUAGCACUACCAGACAUACUGCAAGUGCUUCUACCUCUGCUACACCUAUUCUUACAUCUACUACUCCCGCUACUAUUCCUGUAGUUGAACUCUUUACCACUACAAUAAACCCUAAUAAUAAUGCUUUGAUUUCUACUACUACUGAUACUAGCACUACUACUAGUAGUUCUUCAAACUCAUUCAUUGUUACAUCCCGAUUUCUUAACCCUCCAUCUACUGCUACUGCUUCUACUACAUCUGAAACUACUAAAACUACUACUACUACUACUACCACUACUCCAACAUUUACAGUUUCAGCCAAAAUUCCCUCAACUUCUAGGGCAGCUACGCCUAGCACACUUUCCAGUACCGCUGCAAUAAUGACAUCAGCAAAUACCAAAACAUCAUCCCGGGAGAGGCCAAGCAUCGACCUAGCUGACCCCAGAGAGAGGCUUGCCUCUGGUGCUCCAAACCAGAGUCGGCCCCCCACUGACUGGAAAAAUGCCGGCGCUAAUUCAAUUCCAGAUUCACACAGCAGCAGGACUAACUGGUCCCCUUCAUUCCCUGUGGCUCCUGGGGCUCCAGUCGUGAGAUCCAGACCAAGGAUUGCAGACCCGCAUGUCAGGACAGUGUCAUUCCCAGCAGAGAGCACUGCCAGGCUGACUUGUGAAGCUAAAGGAGAACCAAAACCCACCAUCACGUGGAUUAAAGUCGCUACAGGAGCGGUGAUGUCAGUCCACUCCAGAGCUCAGCGUUUUGAGGUCCUGUCAAAUGGCACCCUUGUUAUCCAGAAUAUUCAGCUGCAGGACAGGGGCACAUACAUCUGCAGUGCACAAAGCAUGCUGGGUCGUGAUAGGUUGCUAACGACCCUGGAAGUUUGGACUCGCCCCCCUCGUAUGCAGCUGGCUAGUUACAGAGAAGCCACCAUUCAUCAGGGUGGAGAAGUGCACUUGGAGUGCCAAGCGGAUGGUGUUCCCGCCCCUCUGCUCUCGUGGGUUCUGCCAGAUCGUUCUGUCAUGACAUCCGCUGGCCCCUCCACCAGUCGAAUCAGCGUGGACACGAAUGGAACUCUUCAUAUCUCAGUAACUUUACCCAGUGACCGAGGAGUGUAUCGCUGCGUGGCCUCCAACUCAGCUGGUGCUGCCAGCACCUCUGUGCGUGUACACGUGUCCUCGUUACCUCCGGUGAUACAGCAACCCAGAGAGGAACACCUGCUCUUGUCUCCGGGGAGGCCAGUUUAUGCUCACUGCUCAGCCCGAGGUGCCCCUCCACCAACUCUCCGCUGGCGAAUCCCAGAUGGGACCCUUGUUCGCCCAUCCCAGUUUCUCCACGGCAACCUCUUUGUCUUGACCAAUGGGACACUGCAUAUUCGAAAAGUCGGGCCAAAUGAUUCUGGGAGCUAUGAGUGCACAGCAAGUAAUGCUGUGGGGACCGAUAAGAGAACAGUGAAGUUAAAAAUUGAAGGGGGAGCAGAAGGAGAAAGAAGACAGGGAGAAGUAAGUCAUAAAGGAGUAAAAGCUGUUGCUACUGAAAGGCCACCUUCUUCAUCACUCAUUAAUGACACAGGUCUGAGUAUCUCUAACCAGCCCUCAAAUCCAUUUAGCUCCCCUAAAUCUCCCUUGGAAAAAUCCAAGACGUCGCUCACCUUAAGCUCUUCUCACUCCUCAUCUAACCCUUACCGGUCCUCGAACUCAUCACCUAAAUUUAAUAAAACAGUCACUGCCUCCCACACACACUUUACCAGUGUCAAAAAAACAAAUUCUUCUUCCCUUUCCCCACCCUCCACGGGGUCAAUAAAUAAGAAUAAAGUCUCACCCAGUAUAACCAACACAAGAGUUGCUUCCCCUACAGACAGGAGAGCAUCUACUGUUUUGAAUCCCUUGCUCCUGUCCCCUUUUAGCAAAGCCCGUAUUAUUUCUACAUCACCAUCUAGUUCUACUGUCCCGCAAGGGGGGAUUUUACAGCUUCACUGCUCCGUAACUGGCAACCCAACCCCUAUCAUUAUCUGGAGGACCCCCAGCAGGAAGCUAGUGGACCAGCACUUAAGUUUUGACCGGCGUUUGAAGGUGCAUCCUAACGGUACCUUGUCAGUCCAAGCUGUAACGGAGAAGGAUGCUGGAGACUACUUGUGCAUUGCACGGAACAAGGUCGCAGAUGAUUAUCGCCUCCUGCGUGUUACUGUAGCUGCGAAACCCGCCACGAUUGAACCAAAACAACUGCUCACUCAGAUGGUGUCAGUCGGGAAACCACUGAAGGUGGACUGCCAGGCAUCAGGGCUGCCUGACCCAGCUGUCCACUGGACCUUACCAGAUGGAACCAUGGUGAACAGCGUGUUGCAUGGGGAAGACAGAGGAGGCCGAGAACAACGACUAAUAGUGUUCAGCAAUGGGACGUUACUGGUUCCAGCAGUAAGCGCUGGAGAAGGAGGAGAGUAUACGUGUUACGCUGAGAAUCAAGGCGGCCACGACACCAUGAAGGUCAAAGUAAAGGUUAUGAUGACAUCUGUUCCAACUUUUACUGAUGACAGAAGCUACCAUGUCAUGAAAGUACGCCAGGGAGCAACGGCCCGAAUUCCGUGCCGAGCCACAGGAAACCCUACCCCUACAGUGACGUGGUUCAACCCUGCAAACCGUGUUAUCCCACGAAGUUUAGGAUCUGGUUAUUAUUUUGAACGAGUAGUGGUGGUUUCAAAUGGCACUCUGGAGGUGCGCAUAGCUCAAAAGAUCGACACAGGAAACUAUACGUGCCAAGCAAGCAACUCAGCUGGGGAGAGGAGCAGGGUGGUCAGGCUUGAGGUGGAGACGCCUACCUAUGGAUUGCGUGGCCGAGUGGAAGGUGGAGGUUGGAGCAAUAACAGUGGAACUGACACCAGAUCAGGGGACAACAUUAACAAUGGGGGGAUAAUCCGCUAUGGAUUGUCUGGAAUCACAGACAAGCUGCAUAACAACAGCAGCAGCAAUGACAACGAUAAUGAGAGGAUAAGAAACAUUGUACCAAGCAGUGGUGUUAAUUUGGCAAUCAGUAGCUCUAAUCCUGUCCUUAAGAAUGAUAGUCAAAAUGGAUUUAACGGGCUUGUGAGUGGAAUUACAACAAAACUGAGCAGUAGCGUAAUCAGCGUGGGGGUGAACCGUGCUAGGAAUGUAAGCACUAAAGCAGAUAAUACUGGAAUUAAUAUGAAUAGACCUAGUAUUAUACACAACAGCAACAGUGUAGGUAACAGUCGCAGCACAGUUAGAGAAGGUAGUGCUGAGAGAAAUCCUGCACGGAAUAUCAAUGAAGUCAUUGCAGGAAAGGCUAGUAAUGACGCUAAUACGAGCGGAGAAAAUGGCAGGUUAAGUGGUAAUUCGAGAAAUGCUGGAGGCUUUAGUAGCACUGUGUCUAAUAAAGCAGUUGGGACAAGCACACACAGAGGGGAUGAUUUUAAUAGGAGCGGUAAUCUAGGCAGGACCGACAGCAGAAAUGGUGGUGAGUUAAGUAGUAAUACUGAUGAUAAAAACUCCCCCAACACAGUACUGGGUGUAGCAACGGCGGUGAAGCAGCAAGCAGUUAAAGGUCAAACUAUUUUUUUGCCAUGCCCUUCCCAAAAUUCCCGCCAGUCGCGUCUGUUCUGGCUUCUGCCUGGGAAUGGCAUGUUGCCAUCUCCCUACUAUGGCAGUCGUCUCACUGUGCACCGAAAUGGUACCUUAGAGCUGCGGGGUGUUCGAGGGAGUGAUGGUGGUGUCUUGGUUUGUGUAGUGAGAAGUGAGAAAGGAGAGACAACGAUGCGGGUGGAGCUGGAGGUGUCAGACCGGCAGGAGGAGGUCAGAUCUCCACACAGGGUAGAAAGGGUUGGUUUAACAAAGGUGCCGCUCUCAAGAGGGUUAGUGGAAUCAGAGCAGUCCUUAAGCUCAAAGCCAGCAUCACCUGUGCUUUACCCGAGAAUCUCAGUUACUGAAAAGCCUCGGCAAAGUGCAGUGAGAUUGCCUGCACCACCUCACCCAGUUGGCCCCCCAUCCUCAACUGGCACUGCCUCAGCGCCCACUGUGAUCACCCAAACAGCCUCUCUUGUGAGCAUCAUUAAUGGAGAGACCCUUCACCUGCCUUGCCCUGCUUCUCAAACACCUGGCUUUACCCGCGGCUCAUUCACAUGGACCAUGCCCAGUGGCAAGGUGCUGUCCCAGGGUGAGAGUGGUGAUUCAGGCCGUUACUUAGUCCAAGAGGAUGGAGCAUUAACAGUGCAGCAGGCCUCUGUGUUCGACCGUGGCACCUACACCUGCAGAUCCACGAGUUAUGACUCUUCCUCAGUUUCAGUGAUCACAGUUCCUGUUAUUGUCAUCGCCUACCCUCCGCGCAUCACAACAGGCCCCUCCCCUGUGACCUACACCCGCCCUGGUGUCGCUGUGGAACUGCCCUGCCUGACCAUAGCAACACCCCGGGCGACAGUUACCUGGGAAACACCAGACCUGAUGCAGCUGAAGGUCAUGGCUCAGCCUCGCAUUUAUGGGAACCGCUAUCUUAGCCCUCAGGGUUCUUUAGUGAUACAAAAACCGACAAGCAUGGAUACAGGAUUUUACAAAUGCACCGCCAAAAAUGUGAUAGGGGUGGACACCAAGGCAACCUACCUGCAUGUUAUAUAACCGGAUGAGACAACAAUACACGCAUACACAAUGUCAUGUAAUAGAAGCACAGAGACUUCACUUCUUUGUACUGGUGUAUAACCUGUUUGAGUGCUUACACUCUGUGUCCCUGAUGCCCAAAGAAACUGCAAACCCCUGUGUGGGAGAUACUGAUAACUCUCAGAAAGGACACAUUGCUGAUAUACAGUUUAUGUCUCAUUUAUGUAUUUGAGGUUUUGAAUCAGGGGUUGAAAAACAGGUACAAUGUUUCAUGCAGGUGGUCUACACAUUUGGUGUCUCACUGGUGUAAAUCCUGUUUUUAAUUAGUGCUCAUUUCAUCAUUGUGGCAAAAAUGCUGCAUUUUUUCCUGCAGAAAUGGUCUUGUUUCUCCACCGUGUGCUAAAAUGUAAGAAAGGGGGAAUAAGAGCAAAAUGAAUUGUUCACCAAUACAAUAACAUCUUUUCUUUCUGUGUUUAUUUGUAAAAUGUAAAAACAUUUUCAACCCUCGUGUGAAAGAUCAAAAUGCGCUAUAUCCAUUUAACACCGGCUCAUUAUUUAGCUUUAUUACUUUACAUUUCUGCUCUAACACUGAACAACAAUGUACUGCACAAUGUAGUAUAGCAAUUUCACACUAUGUACUGUGGCCCUCGGCCUUUUUAGACAUGACCUUACCAAGGUGCAUGUUAGCAAAUGGAUUAGACAUUAAAAAGUCUUUAAACCAGCUGACUCUCUAGUCCAAAAACUGUGCAACAUCCAUUUUGCUCCAGUUUGCAUUGAUAAUAACACAGGUUAGUUCACUGCUGGUGAGUCGCCCUCCUAUGAGUGGUUGGGCUGAAACCAUUGGAGCAUUUCCAGUAGCGAGAGUACAGCUGAUGUAAGCCGUCUUUAUCUCUGUGCUACAUGUGAUAAACAGCAACUUUUUUGCAAUUUAUAUGUUAAACCGCUUAUCUGCCGAUAACGUUCUGCCAGCGACGCCACACAGCAUCGCACAACAUGUCAGUUUUUCCUUCACAACUGUUCCCAUUCACAUAGGUACAAAUGUAAUGUCACAUAAUAUGAUUGUGUUACAUCUGUUGUAUAUUUUAAAAAAAUGUUCUUCUUGGGUUUAAAAAUGUCAUUUUAAAAUGUUGUAUUUUCAUGUGCUAACUAGGUUGGAUUUGUUGCGGUGGUCUAUAUGUAACAAACCAGGAAAAAGAAACGUAUUUGGCGCCAUUAUUCGCACUGAACUGCUUUCGUUAAAGCGUUCACAGGCAUGUUGAUGGAGGGCUUCAGUGUUAUGAUCUACUCGAAAAAGCAGAUUCUUCAGGACUUUGUACUCACCUUCUGAUUCCAUUACAUUUUCACAGCACUAAUGGAGCCGAACAUACGGUACAAAACAUUUAUGUUUCAACAAAAGCCAGUUUUUGAAGAGUAAUGUUCAGGAUUAUUGUGAUAUUAACUACUGUAUAGAUGUCUGUUGGUACAAGCACCUGUCUUACGCCUGUGCACAAAGCCAGGAGGUCAUAGUUAUAUGUAGUCACUUAAUCAUUUUUUUAAAAAAUAUUGUCCUUAAAUUAUUUGCCUUGUACAAACUCUGUUGUUAGACGGUCUUAAAGGGAGAAUUAUUAUUAAAUAUGAAUAUGUUUGAAGUCUCACUUGCCAGUGAUGAAUGCUUCCUAGACUUUUAACACCUUCAUUUUAUAAAUAAAAAUGGGAAAAAAUGAAA